AUGACGGGAAGCGCGUGUCGCUGGCGAAAGAAAACCGGUUCCAGUUUGGUGGGUGUGAGAUCUGCCAAUCAUGACAGCCAGUUGCGAGGUGCCAAAAGUCCCGCGCUGAAUCGGCCUGCCGGGAACGCCAUCCCUGAAAUAUUGGCUGCCCCAGCACUAGCGAACCUCGAUGAUCAUCAACCCGCUCAAGAGGACGACUGGUGGGGAUUGAGUAGUAGUGUAACCUUGGAGUCAGUUCGCACGAACCUCAAGCUUCCUCAGUUUCGUAGUUCUCUCGGUUGUGGAGUUCAAUCAAAUUAUCGAUGCGCCACCGGGUGUCCUUGUGAGUGGCCCGCUCCGAACAAAGCCCUGGGCCAGCUGCCACAGCCCCGACGGAGUGGUCGAUCUACAGAUAGUAUUAGUCAGGAAUAA